AUGUCGCGCAAUCCGUUCGAUGAUGAUUACCGAGGAAGCAGCGCCUCUUCUACCAGUUAGUUUCUUUCGAUUCAAUAUAAAUUAUUAUAUAAUUCACUAACGUUCCUUUUUCAGUGCCUGUGAAAAGUUACUCAACUAUGGGAAACAUGUCCGCAGAAAGCGAAGCGGACUACUACGAGCGAGAGAUCGAGAAGUACAUGCAGGAGUCGUUGGACAGCACGGAACGAUCGCGCCGUCAUCUCGAAAAUUCUGAGAAGAUCGGAGCGGCGACGGCUCAGGAAUUGCUUGAGCAAAGAGAAAAGCUCCAGAAUACCGAGAAGAAUCUCGAUGAAAUCCAUCGUACGACCCAGAUGACACAACGGAACUUGAACAGCCUGAAGUCGUUCUUCGGAGGAUUCUUCAAGAACAAAAUUUCGAAGAAGCCGCAAGAGCAGUCAGAUGUCCCCGCGGUGAGUACACUAAAGACUGUUUCACGCAGGCAUAUGGUUUUCUUAGGUUCCGCAAUCGAAGUCGGCUUCCCGUCUGUCGGAAACUGCUGCCAGUAUGUCGAAUGGCGGCGGAUCUGCCUCGUUCUCCGGACCUUCCGGAGGAACCGGGCAGCGCACUUUGAACGAAUCGAGUCGCGCGGCGAUCAAAGGAACCCGCUGGGAAGCGAUGGACAACCAGAUUGACGAGAACCUCGACGCGAUGUCCGCCAAUCUGAGAAAUCUGCAACGUCUCGGAGUGGAUUUGGGCAAAGAGGUCGACUCUCAGAACGACAUGCUCGAACGCAUUCAGUACAAGGCCGACCGCAAUGACGCCAUCGUCAGAGACCAGGACAAACAGGUAUAUUGAACUCUGUUUGGCCCACACGCUGAUUGUUUUCCAGAUGCAAAAGAUUCUCGGAACGGGCGCGUCGACCAGCCAAACAACUGCCGAAUCUCUGACUCCGAGCAUUGACACCUCGACGAAGAUGUCUCUGAUGAUGAAGGCGACCUCCCUGUUCAAAUAA